AUGGAUCCAGAGAAAUGCAAGGUUCUUAUUUUUGAAAACGUGCAUAGAUUUUAUGCAAGUUUAAAUCUCAAAGUGGAUGAAGACAUUCCUAUUUUAUUGGUGGAUAAAGAUGAGAUGAUCAAAUUUAAAAAUAAAAAGACAGAGACAAUACCUACGGGCAUUGCCAUGUACAACUAUUACAAGCCUAUCAUGACGAUUAAUAGAUGUACAAAAUAUGAAGACAGAAUUAAAGUCGAGAAGAAAGCCAACAAAGUAACCAAGCUGCAACUUUUACCAGCAUUUUGCUGCGGCCAAAGAGAGAUGAUUAGACUUUUACUUCGAUUCGGAUGGCCCGAUGUGAUCAUGGGCAUGACAUUGGCACAUGAGAUGAUGCAUGCAUGGUUGAGGUUUCAAGGUCUAAUUGGCUGUUUUAAACUGGAAAGAUGGUUAGAAGAAGGUAUUUGCCAAGUAAUGUCACACAAAUAUGGGGAAUGGUAUUUUUCUCGGGGUGUUGACUACUCAUACAAAACCAAAGAGCAGCUUGAUAUCACAAAUAAAUUGUACCCGUAUAGAGCAGAACUUUUGAGAAACCAUUCCGAUGAAAUUUAUCGAGAAGGGUUCAACCAG